UCUCUACAGACACUGAGCGCUGCCGCUGCUGGAUGGAGAAGAGUAGGAUGGAGUGCCCAGCUUUACCAACAGGCUGGAAGAAGGAGGAGGUCAUUAGGAAGUCCGGGCUGAGUGCGGGCAAGAGCGAUGUCUACUACUUCAGUCCGAGCGGUAAGAAGUUCAGAAGCAAGCCUCAGUUGGCCAGGUACCUGGGGAACUCUGUUGACCUCAGCUGUUUUGACUUCAGAACGGGAAAGAUGAUGCCCAGUAAAUUGCAGAAGAACAAACAGAGACUAAGAAAUGAUCCUCUCAAUCAAACCAAGGCUAAACCAGACUUGAAUACAAUUCUGCCUAUACGUCAGACAGCUUCCAUCUUCAAGCAACCCGUUACCAAGAUCACCCAACACCCCAACAAUAAAGUGAAGUCCGAUCCCCAGCGGGUCAUUGAGCAGCCCCGCCAGCUUUUCUGGGAAAAGAGACUAGAAGGACUGAAUGCCUCAGAUGUCACGGAACAAGUCAUAAAACCCAUGGAACUUCCUAAAGGCCUUCAAGGGGUUGGACCUGGAAAUAAAGAGGACACGUUACUUGCGGCCAUUGCCAGCGCACUGCACACCAGCUCUGCCCCGAUCACUGGACAGCUGUCCGCUGCCGUGGAGAAGAACCCGUCCGUUUGGCUAAACACGUCACAGCCGCUCUGCAAAGCUUUCAUGGUCACAGACGAGGACAUCAAGAAACAGGAGGAAAGAGUGCAAAGUGUUCGACAGAAACUAGAAGAGGCAUUAAUGGCGGACACACUGGCACGCGCUGCCGAGAUGGAAAACACAGAAGUUGCUAUGGGGACAUAGACCCAUCCCU